GUUUGUGUGCAUCUCUUUCUCGGAGAUGAAAGCGUGCGUCAGAGUGCGUCAGGGAUCGCAGCAAUCAAGCUGUAAGGGUAAAGAUAGGCAUCUGUGACUUUUAGUUCAACCCAAACAAAAAUGAUAAAAGCUUAGAAUUUAGAUGAUCGUGUAAGGUUUCACAGAUCAAACUCUUUGGAAAUGCACUGUCGGACAUUAAGAGCAGUAGUUGUGGAACAGCCCAAAUACUUGGUGCGGUGAAUGUCUGCUGGAGGAUCAGCGCCACUUUGGCGCAAUUUACUGUUUGUCUUCUUCCCGCUGGUCUCUUCAGUUUCAGACCAAAAACACAUCACAGCUGAGUCUGGACACAGCGUGACACUGCCAUGUCGAGCUCCAAAUGACGACAUAACCAUCACAGCUGUAGAGUGGACUAGAACUGAUCUGAAGAACGAAUAUGUUUUUUUUUACCGCAACAAGGGUUUUGAUCCUGCCAACCAGCAUCCAUCGUUUAAGAAUCGGGUGGAUCUGCAGGACAGACAGAUGAGGGAUGGAGGCGUGUCUUUGAUUCUGAAGGAUGUGACGACUGCUGAUAGUGGAACAUACGAGUGUCGAGUUGCCCAGAGAAAAACAAACGAAGAAAUAGCAACUUUGAACCUCAUCAGCAGCAUAAACCUGAGUGUUGUUCCUCCAGGUCAGACAGGAGGAGGGACAAAGGAUGGAUCUGCUGGGCUGAUUGUUGGUCUGUCAGUUUUGGGGGUGAUUUUAGCUUCUGCAGCUCUUAUAUCUGUUUAUGUUUAUUAUAACAAAAAUCAAAAUGAAAGCUUCAUAUCUAUGUUCAAGCAUUUGAAACAAUGUAAGGGAAGGUGAGAUGUCUUUAAGCAUCAGGAAAGGCAGAUGAUGUGACACAGACAGAAAGAAAGAUGCUAAACACCAGCAGAUACACAUCAGCUGUAGAUAAUCAAACACAUCCUGAAUUUGGUGUCCAGCAUCUUUGUGAAAAAUCUCUUUAAUUAUUUGGUGAAAAAGGGAACAUAUACAUAAAAACUGUUGUUAUGUUUGCACAUUAAGGGGACAUGUUACUUUUCAUUAAACACAUUUAAGCUAUAACAGUACAGUUACAGCUGCUGUUUUUGUCUUUGUGUUUGUAGGAGGUUUAGAUUCAUGUGUGUAGCAAAUAAAAUUAGUUGGUUUCAGGAACACAUUUUAUUUCAGUACUGUGGAAAUUAUAUUACUGUAAACAUAUUGUUAUAUCUUAUAUAUAUCUGAGGUACUUGGGUAUAUGGACAGAUGACAAGUUUCUUUUUCUCUAACAAAAUCUUGUUGGGAAUCUUAAAUCUUGCUUUACGUGGAGAUAUCAUCUGAAUUUCAGGAGCGGGACCUCAUUCACGCCCCUUCCAGCCGUCAUUCACUUCUUGCUAGUACAUGGGGAUCUGCCUGGCCCGGGAGUCGCUUCCAGUCCCCUUCGAGGCCUUCCCCAAACCGCAGCACCAGUUCAUAGUUUCAUAGAUGUGGUCCCAGCUAGUGAAUUUUUACUAUAUAAUAAUGGAUUGAUUGUGUGACUAUUUGUAUGUUGUGGCUUGAUUCAGCGUUGCAUGCUAGGUUUAAAAAGACAAAGACUCUGACACGCCAUUGAAUUCUUUAUGAUUUGGUGGGUUGGCCAUCACUGACCACUCACAGAAAACAGAUUUGGGAUAUUUUUCUCAAUAAAGUGACACCAGGUAAACUUUCAGUUCACCUUUGUACCCUUCUGCGCACUACUGCCAAUAGUUAAAGUUAAUCAGCCACUCUGAAUGAGGGACCUACAGUAAAUCUGUCAAAAACAGCAUUUUCUUACUAUGUACGCUGGAUAUGGAAUCAGUUACAGAGAGACUCUGAUUUAUGGAGACUUUACGUGCAGCACAAGUAAUGCAGUAAAGAAGAUCUGUGGGUGGUGUACUUGGGGUCACAUGUUUUUGUAUAUUAUGCUGUAAACCUGUUAUAUUUUAUUGCUGUUAUAUUUUUUGUUGUAUUUGUUGCACUUCCUUUCUUUAUGACUUUUAUUAACUUUGUGUGGGUUCUGCUUUGAUCAGGUAAUCUUGAUCUCAGUGGUACUUUCUGGUCAAUGACAAUAAUGAUGUGAGUACUCAUCUAUGAGGAUGCUGUUGUGUCCAUGUCUUCUAAUGUGCUGCAACAUUUGGCAAUUCAUUCUGUACCAGUGUGUACUUCGUAUAUGACGAGAUAUCUGCACUUGAUCAGCAGCGUGUGUGUUCUACACAGCUGCAUGUAUCAGCAGCAGGGAAAGUUU